AAAGAAAUUGGCGGGAAAAUUAGGAAUCAAGAGGGCGUGGCUUAGAAUGCGAACAAGUUUAUGGGGCGUAGAUGAGGUAUUCGGUGGUAAAUUCCGGCGGGAUGAGGUGAAACACGGAGGAGGUAAAGUGACCUGUCUUUACAGUUUCAUUCUUAAUAGUACGGUUAUGUUUCCGAAUUCCGAUGAUAUUUGGGUGGGCAUCGAACCCUAGAUUUCACGAUUGAACGAAACUCAGCGAUUCACUGUGUAAUUUUGAAUCCGCGGGUUAGUACUUCGUUUAUGCAAAUCGAAAAGUAGUAGAAAAAUCUCAUCUUGGUUCGGUGAAAUAUGUAUAGUCUCCUAGAGACUUCUUAGUUUUGCAUUAGUCAUGGGUUUGGUUUCUUGUUUACUGUUAUUGCCCUUUUCCUUCAUCGCCUUAGUUAGUAUAUAUAUGUAUAUUGAAGUAUCACAUUAUUUCGGGAGUUGCAAUUUGGGGAUACUUCUCUGUGGGGAUGACUGCCAGGGAUGGAGCUGUUCUACCUUCUUUAUUUUGGACUUCAUAUGGAACACAUAUGUAUAGCUAUCCAUCGAGAGGACAAGGGCGGUAUGAGUUCUUCUUACAGGGUCUUUUGGAUUUUCUUAUUGUCUUCUUCGUGAUGCCUGUGAAAGAAUUGAUGAACACGAUCGACUCUCUUAAUCUCAGAGCUUCUUGGAUCUUCUGUAGAGAAAUCCUUGUUCGGCUUUUAUGGAUUGGUUCUAAGAAAUCUUAUUUUGAUAAUGCAAAGGACCUGUUGCAGGUAUAAUUCAUCAAUCUCCGCAUAUGUUGAUAGCAGAACAUAUUUGAUCAAAUGCACCUUUUAAAGCCUGAUCCGAUACAGGAUCUCCCUCUGGUCUUCGAGCAACUCUGGUAACGAUCCUUACCGAUGCUGAUGAACCAAAACAAGCAUCUUGGAAUUCUCUUAAUUGUGUAACUGAAACCCUAUGAUGUUACUUUAUUGAAAAGACAGAGAAGAACAAGACAAGAAAUGCCAUUUGGUCCAAUGCAGAGGCAGUGGGGAGAAAGGCUUGUAGGUUUCAAAGAUGGUGGAUAUUUAGAUCAUUUUCUGCACCAACCUCUCCCCUAACAAGCUCCUUCCAAUUUUCAACAAAACAAAAUGUGUCAACAUCAAGCCUGUCACCAUUAUCAACAGUCUCUAAUUAAUGAUAUUAACCUGAAGUCACAGGAUCUCGGUAUCUUGAAUUGUGUCCGAGAAGAAGGAAAGAACCACGUGGUGAAUAGACAUUGAAGAGAGAGGGAAGGUCGACUUGAUAUAAAUAUAGAAAUAAGAAGCAGUUAGUGGUUGCGAAGAAAGGAGACAAGCGACCAAAUCUUUGAAGAAGUAUUAGUAAAGAGAAGGUAAAAAACAAGAAGGGAGACCGUUGUUAGAUACAGAAGUUGAUCAAACAUGGGAAGAUCUCCUAGCUCAGAUGAAACUGGUCUGAAGAAAGGUCCAUGGUUACCUGAAGAAGAUGAUAAACUCAUCAAUUAUAUUCACAAACAUGGCCAUAGCAGCUGGAGUGCCCUUCCCAAGCUCGCUGGUCUUAACAGGUGUGGGAAGAGUUGUAGGCUACGAUGGACAAACUAUUUGAGACCAGACAUUAAGCGAGGAAAAUUCUCGGCUGAAGAGGAAGAGACCAUCCUGAACCUUCACGCGGUUCUUGGCAACAAGUGGUCAAUGAUUGCAAGCCAUUUACCUGGAAGAACAGACAAUGAAAUCAAGAAUUUCUGGAACACUCAUCUGAAGAAAAAGCUGAUCCAGAUGGGUUUUGACCCCAUGACCCAUCGGCCAAGAACUGAUGAUAUCUUCUCAAGCUUAUCUCAGCUCAUGUCUCUGUCUAACCUGAGAGGACUUGUUGAUCUGCAGCAACAGGUUCCAAUUGAAGAACAAGCUUUACUGAAUCUCCAAGCUGAGAUGGCUAGGCUCCAGCUGUUCCAAUACCUUCUUCAAACUCCUCCUCUUAUGAGUAGUAGCAGCAUUAACCCUAAUGACUUAAACAUUCUCAAUCUCCUCAUCAAAGAAAACUCCUCCAAUACCAGUAAUCUCGACCUCCGUGGCCUCACUUCUAAUCUUCAAGACUUCAACAACAACCUCCCAUCCCUCAAAAACAUAGACGAUAAUCACUUCAGUCAAAAAACUUCUCCAAUAUGGUUUCAUGAACCACCGAGCUUAAACCAAACUAUGUUGCCUUCUCAUGAUCCUUGUGCUCAGAGUGUAGAUGGUUUCGGUGGCAACCAGGCCUCCUCAAGCCAUGACCAAGAAAUAGCAAUCACAGAUGUUGUAUAAUGGCCUGAUCAGCAUCUAUUUGAUGACUCCAUGUUUCUAGACAUUCCGUAUCAAUCUUAAGUAAGGUAUGCAUGUAUAUGUUUCAAAAGAACCUUGAUUGGAUUUGUUUGGUACUGUUGUGCUUGUGCAUGUUGGUUCAGUAUCUCCACGUUAAUUCAUAUAAUGUAAAAUUUGUGAUAGUGUCUUAGAAUGUACAUGUUGUUUGUGUUCUUCAUAAGAACAUUCUAUAUGUUUGAA